UUAAGUUGAUGAAAUCUUUUAUCAGAUAUCAAGAGGUGAACAAUGUACCAGGGUUAAAUUAUUUUUUUAUUUUGGUUACAGAGAGACAGGGAAAAGUUGGUUAGAAGUGAAACAAUUGCCAACAUAAUGUCAAAUGUUGCAAGUAUGCUUCUUUUUGCAGCUAAAGUUUAUGCAUCUAUCAGUAGUGGUUCGUUGGCCAUUGUUGCGUCGACAUUAGACUCGCUUCUCGAUCUACUAUCUGGUUUUAUCCUGUGGUUUACUGCUUUUUCCAUGCAGACGCCAAAUCCUUAUCGAUAUCCUAUUGGAAAGAAACGUAUGCAGCCUCUGGGAAUCCUUGUUUUCGCUUCUGUCGUGGCAACUUUAGGUCUACAGAUUACACUGGAAUUCCUGCACACAUUAGUUUCUGAUGAUGACGAAUUCAAUUUGACAAAGGAGCAAGAGCAAUGGAUCAUUGGCAUUAUGCUUUCAGUGACUCUGGUAAAACUAUUUCUGUUAGUCUAUUGCCGCACGUUUGCAAAUGAGAUUGUCAAGGCAUAUGCCCAAAAUCAAUUUUUUUUUUUUUUUUUUUUUUUGUCAUCUACAAGUCAGAUAUCUAAUAUUGUGUCAAAGGGAAUUCAUGAGAAGGUGCCAUCUUUGAUCAGGAUCUAG